AGUCAGAGGAAGAGAGAGACACACUAUUGCAGCUAUGCCCGAAGCCAAGAAGCCAGAGGGAAGUGAGUGCAGAGAUGGUAAGGAAAGGAAACAAUACACAACUCCCCCUCUGUGUUUGUGUUUGUAUGCUUCCCUGCUUCCUGUCAAUCACCUGGUUAACGUGCAUGUCUGUCAGUCUCAGUCACGGCACGGUGUAUCGGUGACCUGAGUGUCCGUCACGGUGGACUGACAAACGGAGACUACUGAAUCCUGGGAUUGCUCUGGCGAUGGCCGUCAGUAAUGGAAAAGAUCCUGCAGGCCUAUUUUAUGGGUUUAUGGAUACUGUAUCAUUUAUGUAGAGGUCUUUAGGAAUCAUCUGUUGAGGAGUUAGACCCAGAGAAUCAGUCUGACAGAUAGUUGUUGUGAUAUCAGCGCCGACUGAUACUAAUUACUAGAGAUCAGCGGUAAGUUUCCCAAAAACAUAAAGAUCAUAUUGGCAAAAUGGCAUAAAAUCAUAAUUUUUCUAUUGCUUAUGAAUGGACUUAAGAUUUUUUGUGCUUAAUAUGAUAUUCAUGUUUUUGGCAAAAAACAUCUGUUGAGAUUAGACAUUACAUGAUACAGUAUCAUGGUUUCGCCAAAGCAUCCAAGUGAAGGAAUUGUAUUAAACAUCAAAUGACCAUGACUUGAAAUUGAUGCAGAGUGAAAACGUAAUCUAAAUUACAAAUGACCAAAUGAUAUAUACUGUAUAUAUUUACUCUGGGUAUAUAUCGUGACCUGUGUGUAUGUGUGCACUUACUAAGGUAAUGGUUUAAUAGAAGGAUAAGUUGAUGAUAAGUUUUGCUGUUUUGUUGCGUAAGUUCAAAUACUGUUCCUGCUCAAUACCAUAUCCCUUAUCAUGAAUCACUGUUUGCAAAAGAUGUUGAUAUGAAAUAUCAAGGUAUUAUCUGUUCCUGAAGUGUUACAGUAAUAAUCAAUUAAGUGAUAUUUACCUACAGUAAUAUUUCCCAUAAUACGCAUUAUCCCCCAAACUGAUCUUACUGAAGAAUUGUUAUGGUUUUGAUGGUUGCCGGUUCUGCUGUUCCAUUUGAGGUGUUUAUUGCUGCACUCCCAACCUCUCACAGUUUCAAACCACAGCGACUUUCCAAUGUGAGAGUGAAAUGGUGUAAAGAGCUGAAGGAAAAGUGUCCCUUGGGUGCUGGUCCAGGAUCAGUUUGACCUAUUCACAUUCUUACUGAAAUGAUUUAAAUCACACUAGAGAACUGAGCCUGGAUCUGUGCACAGGGGUCACUUGAUUCCAAUCAAAUUAACUGAGCCCAUAAAAGCAGAGAGAGGGGCAUAUGCGGUGUGACUCUGAGUUUAUGGAGGUGCAUGACCUCACUUGAUUCUUGACCCUUGUUCCAUUCUCUCGACAACCUUUUCACCCAAUCGAUUGGUCAAUCGAUAUGGCUUUUUACCUGCUUCUCUAUGCUUAUAAACUCUCUUUUUCCAUAGAGCUCUUGUCAGAAUCAGAAGGUGAGAGAACAAAUCAAUUGUGUUCUGUUUGCACCGCUAAUAAUUCCCCUAAAUUCUCAAUAAUAAUAAUAAUAAUAGUAAUGAUGAGUACAGUGUCACCAACUGGUUUGAAUUUGACUACUGAGGAAAUAACUCAUUAACCGUCUAGUUUUUACCUCCAUUUUGAAAAGAAAGGAAAUGUUCAUCCAAGUCAGAGAGGGAAGAGAGAGACGUUAAGUGUGUGUGAGAGAGCACCUGCAGGUCAGGUUUUCAUAGCUGCUCAGUAAACGCUCAUCCUUCAGAUUACAGUAAAGAUACUGCGGCUAAUGUGUUCCCCUGCUGUGUUUCUCUCUCUCUCUUUCUCCCUGAUACAGAAUUGCCCGAUGAUGGUAAGACAAACAAAUACAUAAGCUUGUAUUUGUCUAUCUGCUGACACAAAACAAUGCAAUCCUUUUUUUGAAAAGGAGGGAGCACGCAAAGGAACAGCAGCAAGCAGUCAUGCUUUGAUAAUAUCACAACAUUAAAGAGCUAUAUUUACUUUUGUCACAGUGGGAGAAGACUAGUGGAAAGGGAUGGAUAAACACGUCUUCAGAUGUGUUUUUAGUUCCUUGUUCAUUCCCAGGUGGGCUUACCUUACUGCUGUUAGAGGCCCUCUUCUGGUGUUGACUAGACGCUUGGAUACUGACCCUCAGUUAAAUACAAGACUGAUGUCAUUGACAUGAUUUCUCAUGAUCAUCCAUUAGAAUAAUGGAGACAUUUCAGGGAGUGGAAACACAUGCCGCAGCACUUGUCUCUGUCUUUGAGAAAAGCUGUUGCUAAAUGUGGAUGUAAGAAGUCUCAAUAAGUCACAGGGUGAACAAAGACAAGCUUUACCUCUGACAUUUGAUCUUGCUGCCUAGCAGACAAAAUAUCAAUAAAUGAAUGGUAUUUAUAAACAAAGGUUAGGUGCUAUGGUCUAAUAUUUGGUUUUCUGCCUCUACUUGUCUGUUCACUGAUGGUUUUGUGUCUAUGAUGUCUGAUGAGCAGUCAUCAAUGACCUUAUUCUAACCCCUGACCUCUAUGACCUCUCCCUACUUUUAGAGACUGUCCCAGGAGGGCAGUCCGAGCUGACCGGACUAUUUGUAGAGAGGCCAGAGAGCACUACAGUAACCAAAGGGAAGAACGUCACCUUUGUGGCUAAAGUGGACUCAUCUGACCUGCUGAGGAAGCCCAACAUGAAAUGGCUGAAAGGGAAGUGGCUGGACCUGGGCAGCAAGGCUGGCAAGCACGUGCAGUUUAAAGAGGCCUAUGACAGGAACUCCAAGGUCUACACAUAUGAGAUGAGCAUCAUCAAAGUAGUGGAAGGAGACGCAGGUGGCUACCGUUGUGAGGUCACCUCCAAAGACAAGUGUGACAGCUGUACAUUUGAAGUCACAGUGGAAGCCGUACAAGAGGAGCAGCCCGCCAACAUCCUGGAUGCCUUCAAGCGAUCGGGAGAUGCAGGAGAGGAUGCAGGUGACCUGGACUUCAGUGCCCUCCUCAAAAAAAAGGGAAAAAAAGGCGAGGGACGAGCCCAAAGAGGAUGUGGAUGUGUGGGAGAUCCUGAAGGAUGCUAAGCCAUGUGACUAUGAGAAGAUUGCCUUUGACUACGGCAUCACAGACCUCAGGGGCCUGCUCAAGAGACUGAAGAAGAUGAAGAAGGUGGAACCCAAGAAGAGUGACGCCUUCCUGAAGAAGCUAGAGCAAUGUUACUCUGUGGACAAGGGCAAGAGGACCCAGAUGCAUGUUGAGCUCCAUGACCCCAACGUUCAGGUCAAAUGGCUGAAGAACGGAGUGGAGAUCAAACCCUCUGCCAAGUAUGUGUUUGAGUGCGUGGGCAACAAACGGACACUCACCAUCAACAAGAGCAACCUGUCUGACGAUGCAGCCUAUGAGUGUGUGGUGGGAGAGGAGAAGAGCUUCACUGAAGUCUUUGUCAAAGAGCCCCCGGUCACCAUCACCAAGCUGCUGGACGAUGUGCAUGUAGUGGUGGGAGAGAAGGUGGAGUUUGAGUGUGAGGUGUCAGAGGAAGGAGCCAACGUCAAAUGGAUGAAAGAUGGAGUUGAGCUGACCAAGGAUGGGAAGUACAGGAUAAAGAAGGAUGGGAAGAAACACACUCUGGUCAUCAAUGAAGCAACCAUAGAGGACAUCGGAAUGUACUAUGUUUACACUAAUGGGGGAGAAUCCAAAGGAGAACUGGAAGUGGAAGCCAAGGAGCUGGAGGUUCUGCAGAGUAUAGCUGACCUGUCGGUGAAGGCGUGUGAACAGGCCAUGUUCAAGUGUGAGGUGUCUGAUGAGAAGGUGGUGGGCAAGUGGUUCAAGGAUGGUGUGGAGGUCAAACCCGGCAACCGCAUCAAGAUGUCACACAUCGGAAGGAUCCACAAGCUGACGAUUGAUGACGUGAAGCCGCAGGACGAUGGAAACUACACCUUUGUCCCUGAAGGAUACGCACUCUCCCUCUCCGCUAAACUCAACUUCAUUGAAAUCAAGAUCGAAUAUGUUCCACGCCAAGACCCUCCCAAAAUCCACCUGGACACUAGUAGCACGGGCAGCAAGAACACCAUUGUUGUGGUGGCUGGCAACAAGCUCCGCCUUGAUGUGGAGAUCACAGGAGAGCCUGUCCCCACUGUGUGCUGGAUGAAAGGAGACACUGUGAUAUCGGAGGCAGAGGGCAGAGUGAGGGUGGAAACCAGGACCACUCUGAGCAGCUUUGUCAUUGAGGGGGCGGAGCGGACAGACGAAGGCCAGUACUCCAUCAUAGUGACCAACCCAGCCGGAGAGGACAGGGCUGAGCUCACCGUCAAGAUUGUUGAUGUGCCUAACCCUCCAGAGAACGUCAGAUGUAUGGGAGUUGGCGAGGACACAGCCACCAUUACAUGGGAUCCCCCCAAAUUUGACGGGGGUGCGCCCAUCAAAGGCUACCUGAUGGAGAGGAAGAAGCAGGGUUCCUCCAGGUGGACCAAGCUGAACUUUGAGGUGUUUGAGUCAACCACGUACGAGGCUAAGAAGAUGAUUGAGGGUGUUUUUUAUGAGAUGAGAGUGUUUGCUGUCAACGGGAUCGGGAUCUCCCAGCCCAGCGGCAACUCAAAGCCCUUCAUGCCCAUAGCCCCUACCAGUGAGCCCACUCGUCUGACGGUGGAGGAUGUGACAGACAGCACCUGUGCCCUGAAGUGGCGUCCUCCAGAGAGGGUUGGAGCAGGGGGCGUUGACGGGUACAUAAUCGAGUGGUGCAAAGAAGGAGAGGAUAACUGGGUAGAAGCCAAUAAGGAGCCAGUGGACAAGAACACGUACCGUGUGAAGGGGCUGCCAACAGGAGAGAAGCUCUUGUUCAGAGUGGUGGCUAUGAACAUCGCUGGACGCAGCCCCCCCUGCACCAUGAAACAGUCUGUCAUCAUCAGAGAGAUCAUGGAGUACCCAAAGAUCCGCCUGCCUCGCCAGCUAAGAACCAAGUUCAUCAGGAAAGUGGGCGAGAAGAUCAACCUGGUCAUCCCCUUCCAGGGGAAGCCUCGCCCCGUGGUCAACUGGCUGAAAGAUGGUGAGCCCCUGGAGAAUAAGUCGGUGGGCAUCCGCACCAGUGACUUUGACACCAUCCUGUUCAUCCGCUCGGCAGAAAGGGACCACUCUGGGACGUACACCCUGUCUGUCCAGAUAGACAACAUGCAGGACAAGGCUGACAUACACAUCCAGAUCGUAGACAAGCCAGGUCCUCCUAUAAAUGUGAUGGUAACAGAUGUGUGGGGUUUCAAUGCUGCUCUGGAGUGGAAGCCCCCCAAAGACACAGGCAACACUGAUAUCACCGGCUACACCAUCCAGAAGGCUGACAAGAAGACCCAGGGUUGGUUCACAGUGUACGAGCACAACCGCCGGCCCAGCUGCACAGCGUCUGACCUGGUCAUGGGGAACGAGUACUCCUUCCGUGUGUUCAGUGAGAACAUCUGUGGCUUGAGCGAUGAGGUGGCCUUCAGCAAGAACACUGCCAUCAUAGGAAAAACAGAUCUGGAGUACAACAAACCAGCCUUCAAAGAGAAGGACAUGAGCAGCUCCCCCAAGUUUACAGCUCCCCUAGUGGACAGGGUUGUUGUUGCAGGCUACAGUACUGCCAUCAGCUGUGCUGUCCGGGCCUACCCUAAGGCUAAGAUAGUGUGGAUGAAGAACAAGAUGAUCAUCGGAGAGGAUCCUAAAUUCUUGAUGCAGAACAACCAGGGGGUGUUGACCCUGAACAUCAGGAAGCCCGGCCAGUUUGACGGGGGCAAGUACUCCUGUAAGGCCAUCAACGACCUGGGGGAGGACGAGGUGGAGUGCAGGCUGGAAGUCCGAGUCUUAAAGGAGAAGAAAGAAGGAGACGAGGAGAAGAAAUGAGUUACAGUGACCGAUAGAAACACCAGAGGAUACAGUUCUGCAGGAAUCAUAAUGGAUUAUGUAUAACAGGAUAGACGUGAAUAAAUAUGAUUAGAAUAAAAAACUGGUGAUGUUUUCUAAAUAUGCUCUCUCUAUCUCCCUCUCUCUAUCUCCCCCUUUCUCUCUCUUUCUUCCUCUCUCUCUCUUUCUUCCUCUCUCUAUCCCUCUCGUUCUCACAUCCUCACCAGUGGCAUGUCAAAUACCAUAUCGGUAAUAACUGAAUGAAUUAUGAUAAUAACAGACCACUACAUUGAGACAAGCUAAUUGAGUGUAGUAAUAGAGUACCUUAAUAAUGGUUGAAUAUUACAGCUCAGAGAUGGAUUGUUCUUAUCUGUGACAUGAACCUGUCAGUGCAACACACAUAAAACAGUCAUUUACCAAA